AAAAGUGAAUAUUAUUCUACAAAGUUAUAACAAUUUUAUUAAAAUGGUUGUGCCAAUUGUAGGUGAGCAUGAGACUGAUAUUCUUCAUGCUCAAACUCACAUAUGGAACCAUAUUUUUAGUUUCAUAAAUUCCAUGUCACUCAAAUCAGCUAUUCAAUUAAACAUCCCAGACAUAAUCCACAAACAUGGCAAACCUAUGACACUUGAUGAAUUAGCUAAUGCCCUAUCAAUCAACAAGUCCAAGAUCACUCACCUUCGACGUCUCAUGCGAAUUUUAAUCCACUCAGGAUUUUUCCUGAAGUCCGCUAUGAUCCCCUUAGAAAAUGGAUCAUCGGGAUCAGGAUCAGGAUCAGGAUCAGGAGAAGGAGAGGGCUAUGUCCUGGCCCCUCCAGCUCGUCUUUUAUUGAAAGACGAGCCAUUAACAGUUACACCUUUUUUACUAGCAAUGUUGGAUCCAAUUUUAGUUAAGCCAUGGCAUCAUGUAAGUGAGUGGUUUAGUAGUGAUGAACCAACACCUUUUGAGGUUGCACAUGGGAGAACAUUUUGGGAUUAUGCUGGACAUGAACAAAGGUUAAAUCAUUUUUUUAAUGAUGCAAUGGCUAGUGAUGCUAAGUUGGUUAUGAGUGUUGUAGUGAAAUAUUCUAAAGAUGUUUUUGAAGGAUUAAAUUCUAUUGUUGAUGUUGGUGGUGGUACUGGGACUGUGGCUAAAACAAUUGCUAAAAAUUUUCCUAAUUUGCAAUGUACUGUGUUUGAUUUACCUCAUGUGGUUGAAGGACUUGAUGGAAGUGACAACUUGUCAUAUGUUGGUGGAGAUUUCUUUGUGUCCAUUCCUCCUGCUGAUGCUCUUCUACUCAAGUGGAUAUUACAUGAUUGGAGUGACGAAGAAAGUGUGAAAAUAUUGAAGAAAUGCAAAGAAGCAAUACCAAGCAAGGAAAAAGGUGGAAAAGUGAUCAUUAUUGACAUGAUGGUUGAUAAUAAAAUUGGAGAUGAUGAAUCAAUUGAAACUCAAAUUUUCUUUGAUAUGUUAAUGAUGGUUUUAGUUACUGGAAGAGAAAGAUCUGAAAGAGGAUGGGCUAAAAUCUUCUUUGAGGCUGGAUUUAGUGACUAUAAAGUUACUCCAAUUCUUGGAUUAAGGUCACUAAUUGAGGUUUAUCCUUAAUUAAUUUGAGUUUAUGCUAAAUAAUUGAUCCUCGUGAGUGUGCAUUUAUUUUAUCAUGGUGUGUCAUGUAAUUGUUGGUAUAAAUAAUGAGGGUUAUGUGUUGAUUGAUGUACUUUUUUAUUUUCUUUAAUGGAAAUUGAACUACUACUUUGAUAGAUGAAUCUUGAUUUCUUUAAUUUCUUAUAUAUUGCUUGCUUCUUUUUUA